AUGGCGACGCUCAAGGGGCCUGGUGCUCCUCAAACACACGAUGGCUCCGGCCUGCGAAUUGCCAUCGUGCACGCCCGUUGGAACACCACCAUGAUCGAAGCCUUGGUCGGCGGUGCAAAGAAAGCCAUGCUGGCCCAAGGCGUGAAAGAGGAGAACAUUGUCAUCGAGUCGGUGCCUGGGUCGUACGAGCUUCCCCUGGCGGUCCAACGGAUCUAUGCGGCCUCUCAAAUACAGAGCACGGCGAGCGCAGUCGCAGGUGGCAUGGGCAGUCUCGCCAGCGGGAUUGGAGACCUUCUGGGAGGAAGCAACUCGACAACAGACCUUCAGGGAAGUCUACAGCCAGGCCCGCCAGAGCCUGAGAAAAAAGAUGUAAAAGGACUGAAGCAUACAUUUGACGCCAUAAUAGCCAUCGGGGUGCUCAUCAAAGGCGAGACCAUGCACUUCGAAUACAUCGCCGACGCUGUGAGCCACGGCCUGAUGAGAGUACAACUGGACACGGGUGUCCCAGUCAUCUUUGGUCUUCUUACAGUUCUGAACGAAGGCCAGGGUCUGGCUCGGGCAGGCCUAGAAGGAGGCACAGGCAAGGAGGCCAAGGGACAUAACCACGGAGAAGACUGGGGCAACGCAGCUGUCGAACUUGGAGUGAAGAGAAAGGGUUGGGGAGAAGGCAAGAUUGCCGGAACCUGA